GGGCGAGGGUGGUACCGCUUCCCGGGGGCUGGAACACGCCUUCCCGGGGGCUGGAGCGCGGCUUUCCCGGGGCUGGAGCACGGCUUCCCCGGAGCCGGAAUACCUCUUCCCCGCGGCUGCCAGGCGAUUGCAGCCCCGUUUCGCUGCUCGGUGGAGCUGAUGGCUGCAGCCCACCUCUGCAUAGGGGUGUGUAAACUUGGUGGAACUCGGGCCUUUCGGGUGAAAACCUCCCCUCACGUCUCGGCGCAGCGAACAUGCCUGAGCAGAGCAACGAUUACAGGGUGGUGGUGUUCGGAGCAGCGGGGGUCGGCAAAAGCUCCCUGGUCCUGCGCUUUGUAAGGGGCACUUUCAGGGAAACCUAUAUCCCCACCAUCGAGGACACGUACCGGCAGGUGAUCAGCUGUGACAAGAGCAUCUGCACCCUGCAGAUCACGGACACCACGGGAAGCCAUCAGUUCCCCGCCAUGCAGCGGCUCUCCAUAUCCAAGGGGCAUGCCUUCAUCUUGGUGUACUCCGUCACCAGCAGGCAAUCCAUGGAAGAUCUUCACCCCAUCUUCGAUGAGAUUUGUCAGAUCAAAGGCGACAUCCAGAAAAUCCCGAUCAUGUUGGUGGGGAACAAAAGCGACGACACGCAGAGGGAGCUGGAUGCCAGCGAGGGGCAAGCGCUGGCCAGCAAGUGGAAGUGUGCCUUCAUGGAGACGUCGGCCAAAAUGAACUACAACGUGCAGGAGCUCUUCCAGGAGCUCUUGAAUCUGGAACAGAGGAGAACUAUCAGUCUCCAGGUGGAUGGAAAGAAAUCCAAACAGCAGAAAAAGAAAGAUAAACUGCAAGGCAAAUGCUCUGUAAUGUGAUUGCCUUUGGCUUGGACUUGCUGCACGGCACAGCUGGAGCGUGGACUCCCACAGAAAAUACAUUUCUGCUGGAGAUUUUGGAGGAAUACACGCCUUGCAGGGUUGUUGCUUUCCUCUAAAAUCCCCACUGGGUAAUUGUAUGUGUUGUUUUCAAGGAGGAUGGCUUCUGCAUGUUUAUUUUUUUUUUUUAACCAAUAAAUGUUCCAUGUUAGCAAUUACCUGUGACUAGAAGUUUUUGACGUAAGAAGUUUUCCAGUGGAAAAAAAAUGUCUGUCAGAACAAACCUCUCUAUUCUUGUGAGUACAUGCCAGUUUUUAAAUAUCUCCAGCCUGUUAACUCAGAGAAAAUCGUCUGUAAUGUGUAGAGUUAAAUUGUUUUCAGGAAUCUAUUGACCAAGCAAAUCUCUAACGAAGUGAGACAUUUGCUCUAAAAAUGAA